CAUGCAGCGGCUGGGGAAAAGAGUGAGCCUGGCAAGGGCAGAAGCUUUGUUUGCUGCAAGACGAACAUCGGUCGAUCUGCNAAUGGUGGCGGCGACGUAGAUGAGAAAGCAGGCGCAGACGUGAACCCCUCGAUUGGGAGGUUGGGAUUNGGUAAGGAGCGGCGAUUUUGUGUGGUUAGGCAUGCCAUGGUUGAUGGACUAUUGGCAAGAGAAUCAACCACCAUUAGUCAGUUGACAGGAGAAGAAAUCGUGCUCCUUGUCGCUGAUCGACCAAACGUAUCAGAAUCUGAACAAGAUGUGCUCUUGGCCAAGCACGCAGGACUUGCACAGCCACAGCCGUCUCCGCUUUUCAGNACAAGCAGAGGCAUGAACAUCGAGCCGUCGGCUGCGGCUGGCAUCGGCAAGCGAUUAGCCACUGUCCAUGGACAGGGUUUGGAACGAGCGUGA